AUCCAGACAGUGUCAGAGUGUUGACAAAGAGACUUCAGGGAAAGGAGAAGUGAUUUCCCAACAGCUCAUCUCUGACCAGCAGAAACCAGAGGGAAAUGUUGAAUAAGAACCAGAUAGGCUAACUCUGGGUGACACUCGAGACAUUUCAACCACAGAGACUGUAGGACUGAGCCAGUGAUUUCAUGGAUCAAGACAGCUCUUUACGUCCAGGAGAUGAUGGAGACCUGUCAGUGCUCAUUGGUGAGGGGUUGCCGAGGCUCAGGGAUGCUGUCGUCAUGGUGAUGUCACGUGCCCGUCAGAGAGUUGUACAGGGCUUUGUUGUGUCAAGUUUUGUCCUCCUACUCCUCUGGAUCGCAGCCUUUUUAUAUGGGAGCUUCUACUACUCGUACAUGCCCAGGGCUGCUUACUCCUCACCUGUGCACUACUACUACAGGACAGACUGUGAAUCUCCUUCAUCUUUUUGGUGCUCUUAUCCAGUGGCAAACGUCUCUCUGAUGAGGAAUAAGAAACAUGCUCUGACAUUCGGCCAGGCCUAUCGGAUGUCUCUACGGCUGGAGAUGCCUGAUUCCCCAACCAAUCAGGAUCUGGGGAUGUUCAUGAUCAAGACAACCUGUUUCUCUCGGGAUGGGGGAAAAGUUGCCUCCUCUGCUCGCUCUGCAAGACAGCUGCUGUCCGCCACCAGCUCUCGCUUUAGCAUGCUGCGAUACCGAUCUGACCUGCUGAGGUACCUGGGAACGCUGCUGUUCCUCCCGGCCUUUCUGACCGGUGUCGCUGAGCAGAAACAAGUGCUGGAGGUGGAGCUCUUCUCAGACUACACGGACGACCCUUAUGCCCCCUCGGUCACGGCCUUCAUUGAGAUCUUGUCCAACAAGGUGCAGAUCUACUCCUCUGAGCUCAACAUUCAUGCUCACUUCACUGGUUUAAGAUACUUGCUGUUCAACUUCCCUACCCUAUCAGCCCUGGUGGGCGUGUCCAGUAACUUCAUCUUCCUCAGUCUCCUCUUCGUCCUCAGCUACGUGAGGUUGCUGCUGGGAAAGGAGUGGCCGCAGCAGCUCAGAGCAGAUGGACUGCUGUCAGAUAGGGGCAAUAACGUGAACAACAACCAGCAAGAGGAUGAAAAAGACGCUGCUGCAGGUGCUGCUGAGCUGCUGGGUCCCCUCCAGACGACCCCCACAAAUCCGAGUCAGGAGAGGCUCCAUUUGAUCUCAGGCAAUGGCACAGAGGUGCAGAACAGACAGAUUCAGCCUCACAUUGAAUAAAUGAAUCAGAGGCAGAGUGAGGACAUUAAUAACAGAGAGGGGUAAAGUGUAGGGAAUGAUAAGAUGUAGAGAAGAUUUAAGCAAGAUAUGUGGUUGAAAAUGACUCAGAAAGCACCCACACACCUCUGACAAAUAUGUCGGGUGACGACCUGAGCUGCACUGUUUGAGUUGUGGAUCUUUUUGCUCUUACAUCAUGUCCUCUGUGUUAACACUCACACUGUUUCAUUUUUAACCACAGGACCCUGUUAUUUAUGGGAUAGACUCACCUGUGCCUUCGUCACCUCACACAAAUCUCUCAUUGUCAGAGCCUUUUUAUUGCUUUGCACUUCAUAGCUGUGAUGUAGUGUCCACUAAAACUGUCCAAUAUCAAACAAACACAUAAGACACUAUCAAGGAAAUACCUAUAUGAAUAAAUAAAGUAUGUGAGAUAAGCAUGACACUGUAAUCAUCCACUAAUUAUUAUGAGUCAUUAUUUUAUCUGGGGUCUUUUUUUAUGUAUUCCAUCAACUUCUUUUGGCUUCGGGAUGUAAGAAUGUGGAGCUGUGUGUAGAUUAUAACUCUCAUACUGGCUGAAAUGUUACUUUAAAAUGCUUAAAACCUGAUACUUGAUCAAUGUGUCUGUCAGCUGUUACAAAACGUUUGUCUUUGUAUGUUCGACCUUUAACUGUACUUCAGUCGGAACAAAACUAUUUUAACAAUCUGAUUGUCACCUGAAAAAAAACAUGUCACCUGUGUCACUUCCACCAUAAACUGUACUCCAGUUGUCUUGUUGCACACUGUUUUUGCAUGUUGUCCUGAUGAGGGCUGCGCGAUAUGGAGAAAAUGCAAUAUAUAUUUUCGAUCAAAUACCUUGAUAUUGAUAUUGAGACAAGCAGUGACUGCUGGUGCCUUCACAAAAUAUUUACACAAUGGAUUUUUGAUAAAUAAUCAUCAUCCAUAAUGUGGAUGUAAUGACGAAGUGGGUAAAGGCAAAUAUUAGAACAGCUAGUACAGUCUGGUAAGUUCAGAAAAUUACAUCAUUUUCCUGUGAUGCAGCCUUUUGAACCAGGACAAGACACUUCCAAUAUUAUUCAUUCAUUCAUUCAUUCAUCUUCUAACCGCUUCAUCCUCUUGAGGGUCGCGGGGGGGGCUGGAGCCUAUCCCAGCUGACAUCGGGCGAGAGGCAGGGUACACCCUGGACAGGUCGCCAGACUAUCGCAGGGCUGACACAUAGAGACAAACAACCAUUCACGCUCACAUUCACACCUACGGACAAUUUAGAGUCACCAAUUAACCUAGUCCCCAAUCUGCAUGUCUUUGGACUGUGGGAGGAAGCCGGAGUGCCCGGAGAGAACCCACGCUGACACGGGGAGAACAUGCAAACUCCGCACAGAAGGGCUCCCACACCCGGGAUCGAACCGGCAACCCUCUUGCUGUGAGGCGACAGUGCUAACCACCACACCACCGCGCCGCCCAACUUCCAAUAUUAUGAUAUCCAAAAUCUAUGACGAUAUCUAUUCUAAUAUCACAGUAUCAAUAUACUGCCAAACCCUACGUCCUAGUGUCCUGUGCUCCCUGUCAUUUGACUGUGCUAAUAAGCUAACAAGCUAACUAAAUUCCACUUACUUAUUUAGGAAAUCCAAACCUGAUUUUAUUGGUUGUUAAACUGCACAAAAUGCAAUGAGACCGGUUUAUAAUAAGCUAGUGAAACAACAUGGAGAACACAUUAACAUUCAGGUGACACAUCAGGACAACAUGCAAAACAACACUGUCAAAUGACAGAGAGUGCAACAACAUAACUGAAGUAGAAAGCUGAGUUGACACCUGUGCAUCUCUUUCUGUUACACAAAAAUAUAAUAAAUUGAUUGAAUUUUCAGUCAAAAAUGUGUUUAACAUGGCUGCAAAUCCAUUCUUAA